AAUUUCAGCUUUCGGAAACUUACCGGAUAGAUUGCUGAGUGAUCCGGAAUGUCCAAGUCUUAAUAAAAGAUGCUGAAACGGUUGAGAUUUUUAUGCCUGAAAGCACAUCUGUGUUCGUCAUAUCCAUCACGAGUAUCUUCUUUUCCAUCAAUUUCGCUGUCGCAUAUUUCCCAAAGGUGUCACAGGACGUUGUAUCCUGGUACCGAUAUUACUGUCGAAGAAGCUUGGAAACGACGGAUACAACUAAGACAACCAAAACUUCAACUUGAUGAGCAGGUACGACCGAAACUGUAUUAUGCUCCUGAGUGGGAUUUGGAGAAACGACAUGAUGGUGAAGAAGGUGAAUCACAUCCCAUGAUUGGCCAAGAUGUAAUGACUCCUGAAAAAUGGAACUACUAUAACAAGGUUGUUUGGCCACCAAAUUAUGUGAGUCCUGAGACCGGUUUGCCACUUUUGCGGCAAGUUUAUUACUGUCGUGAAUCGGUCCAUUGUAGCCCUAAAAGGAUGUUUAUGGCUUGUCAUUUGGUUUGGCGUUUGAAUGUUGACGAAGCACUGGAACAGUUAAGACUGCAGCGUAAAAAGGCUUGUACGAUUUUAAGACAAGCUCUAAUUGAAGCAAAAAGAAAGCAUCUGCAGAACUUCACGUUGAAUUUCCAUCGGAUAUGCAUGUUGCGGAAGCAUUCCCAGUUCAGUGUCAAAUCGUCAAAGGCUAUAGACGUCAUGCACGUGAGCGUAUUACCGUCACAAGAUACCGGUACAUCAAUGUUUUCGUUAGACUUGAGGAAGGUGAUGGGCCACCAAUGAAAAACAGAUGGGAGCCGAAGAAUGGCUGGGACAAAAUGAAGGAUUAUUACAAAUAUUUGAGGGAACGUUCUAUCGAAUAUAGUAUUUAAUAGUUUUCAUUUCUAUUGCUGUCUUCUAUGGUACUUUUUUGGAGAAAGGAGAAAAGGUGUUUUGUAGGGGUAAUUUCUAUUCUUAUUUGCUCCUGUCCUGUAAAUAGUCUAAACUAACUCAGUCAUGUUCGAAAGAGUGAAAGGAU